AUGAUAUCCUUCCAAACUACCCGCCUUGAUAUUCGACCCCUCGUCCUCUCCGAUGCAGAGGAUGUCUUUGAGAUGCGUCGGGAUCCGGAGGUUGCAAAAUGGGGGUCAAGCGGAACACCUGAUACGACUAUCUCUCAGACGAUAGACUGGAUGCUAUCAUCUUGCGGUCCAGCAGCAUCUGAUACCAAUGAUACUACGAUAUCACCAAAAAAAACUUAUCUGAAACUCGUAUUCGCUAUUCGGGAACUACAGCCCAGUACUAUAUUUCCUGAACCGAAGGUAAUCGGGACGAUUGGUAUCAAGCGGUUGGCGAUGCCUUUGGGUCCGGUGGGGUCGAAUCGGGUGCGGUGGGAGUUGGGGUACGGGUUUCAUGUUGGUGCUUGGGGGAAGGGAUAUGCGACGGAGGCUGCGAGGGGGGUGAUGGGUCAUUUUGGGGAGAUUAAGUGGGUUUUAGAGGGGCAGGGGCAGGGGGAUGAUGCUGUGGUUGUUGCGGAUGGAUUGUGGGCUGCUACUGCGGAGGAGAAUUUAGGGAGUCAGGCUGUGUUGAGGAAGUGUGGGUUUGGGUUUGUUGGGGAGUUUGUAGAUGAGCUUGGGAGGAAGAAUUUGGAUUUUCAGGUAUUGGCUUGA